UUCAUUAGUUCAGUUUGUAUUGAAGUCCCGGUUCUCACUUUAGUGUUGUUGGAUCCUUUGUUCUGCUUUGUUAGUUCAGUUUAUUCAGCUCGGUUUUGCUCCGCCUGCACUCAAGCUUCAAUAAAGAGACAUUGUUCGGUUCAUUCUGGCUGCUGCGUCCGUCUGCUGCUUCUCUUCCUGACGACCUGUGUGUCUCACCUUCAUGUCUUCAGCAGGUGACCAUGAGUCUGGACGAGGACGCCCGCUGGCUGGAGUGGGUCACCAAACAGUUUGAGAGCAUCGCAGGAGACGACAAAGAGAUCGACCUGGAUGAGUUUAAGACGGCUCUCAAGGUCAAAGAGUCUUUCUUCGCAGAGCGUUUCUUCGCUCUGUUCGACUCUGACGGCAGCAGCUCCAUCAGUCUGGAUGAGCUGCUGAAAGCUCUGAACCUGCUGAUCCACGGCAGCGAGACCGACAAGCUCAAGUUCCUGUUCCAGGUGUACGAUGUAGACGGCAGCGGUUCGAUCGAUCCUGACGAGCUGCGAACAGUCCUGAAGUCAUGUCUGCGUGAGAGCGCCAUCUCUCUGCCGGAGGAGAAGCUGGAUGACCUGACACUGGCGCUGUUCGAGUCAGCUGAUAAAGACAACAGCGGCUCCAUCACCUUCGAGGAGCUGAAAGCUGAGCUGGAGAACUUCCCCGAGGUCAUGGAGAACCUCACCAUCAGUGCUGCUAACUGGCUGAAGCCUCCUGACGUGGACCAGAAGAGGCGUCAGACUCCUCGGUACCUGACUCGGGCGUAUUGGCACAACAACAGCCGUAAGCUGCUGUUCCUGUGUGUGUACGCCGGCCUCAGCCUGCUGCUGUUCAUCGCCGCCAUGCUGCAGCACAGCCAGGGCGGCGUCUGCUACAUGCUGGCCAAGGGCUGCGGCCAGUGCCUCAACUUCAACUGCACCUUCGUCAUGGUGUUGAUGCUGCGGCGCUGCUUGACGUGGCUGCGGGUCACGUGGGUGGUGAGAGUUUUACCUCUGGAUCAGAACAUCUUGCUGCAUCAGAUCGUGGGCUACGCCAUCCUCUGCUACACGCUGGUGCACACCACUGCUCACAUCUGCAACUUUGUCCAGCUGUCAGAGCACAGCGGGUUCAGCGUGUGGGAGUACCUGCUGACCACUCGGCCCGGGAUCGGUUGGGUUAAAGGAACCGCCUCAGUGACCGGGGUCGUCCUGCAGGUGGUGAUCUGCCUCAUGGUGCUCUGCUCCAGCACCUUCGUACGACGCAGCGGACACUUCGAGGUGUUCUACUGGUCUCACCUGUCCUAUGUGUGGGUCUGGUCCCUGCUGAUGGUGCACUGUGCCAACUUCUGGAAGUGGUUUGUGGUUCCGGGUCUGGUCUUCCUGCUGGAGAAGAUCGUGGGAAUCGCAGUUUCCCGUAUGGGAGGUCUUUACAUCGUGGAAGUCAACCUGCUGCCGUCCAAGGUGACUCAUCUGGUGAUCAAGCGUCCUCAGUUUUUCCACUUCAAACCUGGAGAUUACGUCUACAUCAACAUCCCGGUGAUCGCUAAAUACGAGUGGCAUCCAUUCACUAUCAGCAGUGCUCCAGAGCAGUCAGACUCUCUGUGGCUUCAUAUCCGCUCAAUGGGCCAGUGGACCAACCGGCUGUAUGAGUACUUCAGACAACCAGAGAGUCCGACGCUCAGUCCCAAGAGACUGGCCACCAGCCUGAAGAACCGCCGGCAACUGAUGAAGGCUCAGGAGGAGCUGUUCAGCUCUACGAACCGUAAUGGAGCCGUAGCAUCAAAUGAGGACGACGCCAUCGAGCUGACGAUGUACCGUCAGAACCGCUCACAGUCCCGUCCAGCCCCUGGGUCGGUGUCGGGGUCCGGAGCUCAGGGGCUGGCGGAGCCUCUUCCAGACGAACUGGGGCCCGCAGAGAGAGGAGAAGCGCCUCCACUCAGAGACGUUCCUGCUAAGUUUGGUGAGAACCACAGAUUCUGCAACAUAAAGUGUUACGUAGACGGACCGUACGGGACUCCUACCAGACAGAUCUUUGCCUCUGAGCACGCCGUCCUGAUCGGGGCCGGCAUCGGCAUCACACCUUUUGCUUCCAUCCUGCAGAGCAUCAUGUACAGAUACCGCAGGAGGAAGCAGAACUGUCCCAACUGUAACUACUCCUGGUGUGAGAACAUCAAAGACAGCGAGAUGAAGUUACGGAAGGUCGACUUCAUCUGGAUCAACAGAGACCAGAAGUCUUUUGAAUGGUUCGUCAGUUUACUGACCAAACUGGAGAUGGACCAGGCAGACGAGGAGCCAGAGGGACGCUUCCUGGAGAUGCACAUGUACAUGACGUCAGCGCUCAGUAAGAAUGACAUGAAGGCCAUUGGCCUGCAGAUGGCACUGGACCUUCUGGCCAAGAAGGAGAAGAGAGACUCCAUCACCGGGCUGAGGACCAGAACCCAACCUGGACGCCCGGAGUGGGGAAAGGUGUUCCAGAAGGUGUCGGAGGAGAAGAAAGGGAAGGUCCACGUGUUCUACUGCGGCUCUCCGGCUCUCGCUAAAGUCAUCAAAGCUCAGUGUGAACACUUCGGUUUCAACUUCUACAAGGAGAACUUCUGAGGACGUCGUCUGAUACCCUAUAUGUGUGUGUGUGUGUGUGUUGGAUUCAUUGUGUUAGCUGUUGAACUACUGUAUGUUUACACUGGUUUUACUGGUGACACAUCGUCUGUAUCAUGUAUCUGUGUAGAUCAGCUGAUGACUCAUAGAGAAUUAAUCAGGUAAUAAACAUUUUGUGGCCCGGUGCAUCAUUUUUUCUCCUCUCAUUAAAGGAAACUGAUCAGUUCA